AUUCAGAAUAUAUGAAAAUCGUGAAACGCACUUUAAACGCUGCAUCGUAAGCCAGGAAAAAUUUUAGUGUCCAACGUAACAGCAACAACAAAAGUAAUAACAGAACCCAGUAACUGGAAUCCAACAUAAACUGUCCACCGAUGAGUGUACGUUUUUUUAAAAGGAAAACAACAUAAUUUGUUAAAAAUGCCACUUCAAAAUAAAAACGAUUAUAUACCAAUAAAGUGCGAGGGAUGGAAUGGCAAGUUCCUAUACCCGGAAGGUGCAGUCAAUAAUGUAUCCAAAAUUCGGCGUCAGAAUCAAAAUGUGACAAACACAAAUGAUUUCUACGGCUUCAAUACAGAGCCCAUUGUGCUCCCCAUUACCUGGGAUGGUACGUUUGUAAAGACUGGUGAAACGUGCCAUCAACCUCAUCGUAAUUGCUCUAACGAUCAAAAUUAUUUUGAUUAUCACACUACAACAACAGUUUUACCGCCUACUUCGAAUGGAGUGUUCGUUACUGAUCCAAACGAUGUACGCAUCAAGCACGAGCGCAAUUAUUCCGAUCCCCGAGAUUUUGGCUAUUAUCCUUAAUUAAAUCUUGUUACGUAUUACAUGUAUUAAAAAUAUCUAAUAAAAGGAACUCAAAUUUUAAAA